CACGUGAUCAGUCAACAGCUGAUGGUGGUACACGCGGGACGACAGGUCAGGGUCUUCUGGGUGUUAAUUACUGUUUUAAUGUUGUGUGGAGGAGGAAGACAUAGAUGAGGUGCUAUUGAUCAUUCUCUAGUGUCUGGCUGGAGGUGAGUGACACUAUUCAUUAAUGACACGUUUACAAACAUGCAGUUUGCCAAGGAUUCCAAAUUGCUGUUUGUAGGUGAAGGGGAUUUCUCAUUCAUCACAUCAUUAACUGAGGAGAACUGGUGUACUAAAGUCCAUAUUGUUGCUUCGUGUCUUCAGGAAGAAUUGACGGAAAGAGCCACAAGCAAUGCUGAAGUAUUGGCCGAGAGAGGUGUGCAAGUUGUUUUGGGAGUCGAUGCCACACAACUCCACUUUCACCCUAUUAUUAAACACCACAAGUUUACUCACAUUGUAUUUAACUUCCCCCAUGUGGGGGGGAAAAUGAGAAUUGAUUUAAAUCGUAAAUUACUUCGUGGGUUCUUUGAGAGUGCUGUUUAUGUCCUUGAGGAAUGUGGUCAGGUUUUGGUGACACUCUGUGCUGGUCAAGGUGGUGUUCCACUUGACCCAGUUGUUCGAAGAUGGGACGACUCCUGGCAGGUGGUUCUCAUGGCUUCCUAUGCUGACUUUAUUUUAAGAGAUUUUAAAAAUUUUGAUGCUUCGAGAUACUCAGGGUAUGCAGCAACUGGUUAUCGGUCCAUGGAAAAGGGAUUUCAUCAGAAGGGAGCUUUCACUUAUAUAUUUGAAGUGAAACCUCUCAAACUAGAUGGAAAUAUUUUCGACCCACAGUCCACAGAGAAUAUUCAUAUUUAUGAUGAUAACUAUAUUAAGGUUCCCACAUUCCUUUACAAUAAGAUAAAGAAAAAUAUAUUUUCUGAUAAGUCCACCAUAAUUGGUUACCUCUCUUAUGUGUUACAAGAACAUCUUGCUACAAUAAUUCCUGUUCAUCAUGGAGGUGAUCUUGUGUUUGAGAGAAAUAUGCAGCUAAGUAAGUUAUUCAAUACUGAAAGUUUUUAUCCUUUUACAAAAGUAAAGGAUAGUAGCAUCUAUUUUUACCCAGCCUACAGAUUAUACUCAUCAGGCUGUCACAUGGAUCCUUUUAUCAUUUUUGUUUGUUUAGGCCACUGUAGUGUAAAGGAAAACAUUUUAUCUGAAGAAAUAUCAUUGGAAAUUAGAAAUAUAAGCAAAGGUUUUUUCCCAAAGAUGAAAAAGGCAACUUUGGAGAAUCUCCUAGUAGAGAAAUUUUGUAUUUCUCAUGAUGGGAACAGCAAGAGGGACACAUCUGUGUAUGCUAUCAAUCUUGCAUCUAUGGCUAAAUUGUAUUUUGAUGUGGAUGUGGAUGAGCUGUGGGGAGAUGGUCAGAGUGUGAAUAUUGGUGAUAAUGUCAUCACAUAUUCGUCUUGGAAUCUCUUCCCUCUUGAAUAUAUCUAUGAUCUUAGCUUUUGGGAACCAACAGAUUCAUCAAAAAAAAAUUGUAAUGCAAUAAUACAAUCAGAUCUCUCCGAUGGUAAUAAUGACUUUGAUCAAGACAUCAUUAAUGUCAUAAUGAUAAAUGUAGGAAGGGACACCUUGCAAAGUAAUGAACUCUUAAGCAUGUAUUUUCAUCCAGAAGUCAAGAGAAAGAGUUAUACAUACAGAAUCAGGUACAGAAAUUUUUAUGGGGCUCUCUCUGACUGUAAAGCAAAGGCACUCCAUACUGAGAUUGGAAGAAGGCUUGAACAAUGUUUAGGUGUCAGGAUUCGGUGAAAAGCUAUUUUAGUUAAUAUGUUUUAUCCUUAUUGGUACUGUACACUUUCAUUUUGCUUAAGAAUUUUGCCAAAAAUUUUUAGUUGCUGACCAUAGUCAUUUUGAAUUGAGAAAUACAGCUUCAAUCCCACAGACACUGCAACAAAUGAGAAGCUUAUUGAUGCCAUCAUGACCUACAGUACUUGUGUGAGACUUCUCCACUCUCAUUUGGUGCAUUAUUUCACAGAAGUUACUGGCAAUACAGUAGUACCUUCACCCACCAAUGUCACUGUGCUUAUGUCAAAUGUUAUUUAUAAUGGUGAUUCUGUAUAUUAGUUCCUUCUCAAGAUACCACUUCUGAUGCAGAGUACAAAUUAUAUAAGAUAUAUUCUGGAUGAAGACAUCAUUUCUGUUUAGCAGUCGUAUAACAUCUAUUUAGAGUGCUGCAAUUUUUCUAGUAUAGUAUACAAUACAGUAUUACCUCCCAUGAUGAAUUAAGCUCAAUGUCUGUAAUAAUUCUUUCGGAUGUUUACAAAGUAGACAGCUGUUAAUAUCAAUAAAAUACUGUACCUAAAGUAUUUAACAGACCUUUGAUCAUCACCAACAAAAAAAUAAUAAUUUAAGGGUUUCCUUCGGCUAUACAGUACUGUCAGGAUACAGUAUUGUUAUAGUAUAUCACUUUUGUAUAAUUUUUCACACAACUAUAUUUUUGAAAGAAUUAUGAUAUGUAAAUAAUAAG